AUGGCCAACCCAGUGAGAAUAGGAUUUUUACCAGCUGAAGAAGAUGUGAAAGGAUGCUAUGCAGUUCCAGGAUGCAAACGCCCAGGAUCUGAUGUUGAAAUAGUUUUUUUAGCUUUCAGACUUUUAAAAAUUCCUUAUAUUGUGAUCGAUCUUUUGAAUGAUUACGACGUCUCGUAUGAUAUGGGGCAGAAGCUCGAGAACGGAAGUUGGACUGGAGUGACUAAACUUUUGAUAGAUAACCAUAUUGAUAUGUGUGGUGUUUCCAUGCGUGUUACUGAAGAGAGGAAUGAAGUUAUUCAUUUUUCAUAUCCAACCAGAUAUUUUCAAUCGAUUUAUAUAUUGAAAAGGCCGUCCGUCAUAUGUCCGCGUACUUUCAUCUUCAAUGCUUUCUCAGAAGUUACCUGGAUUUUAAUAGCAUGCUCGAUCUUGGUUUCGGUCAUCACGUCAUUUAUAAUUCAUUUUUGUCAUUUCUCUCUUCAUUUCCCUCAACUAUCUGAAUCAUCAAGGAAGCGCUGGUCAAGCAUAUUAUUCUGUGCUUUACAGAAAGGGUUCAGUUUCCCAUACUCUUCUUCCAGAGAUUUUCCGUCUUUGAUGGUUUAUAACCUGUACUUACUCUUUGUUUUUUUCAUUGUCAUGCAAAUUUACCAGUCGAAGAUGUAUGCUUAUUUAGCUUCUCCGAAUAAGUAUUCUAUUCCUUUCUAUUCUCAGAAAGAUUCUUUAACUUUUGUAGAGAAUGGGAACGGAUUUUACACAGCAUUUGCUUAUCAAAAGCUACUAUGUUCGACUGAUGAGAAUUGUCAACGCUUCCAAGAGGUUACAAUGAAGCGUCCUAUUAGUCGUAGAGAACGUCAAGCUGAAAUCGAAGGGGAUUUAAACAUUGGCGGCAUUUAUGAAUCAACAAUUGACAGUGCCUUCCUAUCCAGUCCAGUUACUUGGUUGGACAAUCGAAAGCAGGACAGAAUAAUCAUUCAAGAGGAAGAUGGCGCUCGGUAUUUCGUCGCAUAUUCGUUCAGUUCCAAAAAUAAAAAAUUGCGAAAUAGCUUCAAUGAGGCUUUAAUCCAGAUCUUACCUGCUGUUCCUCACAUAAGUUCCGGUCAUGGUUACAAUACAAAGCGCCUUCCUUUUCAACUGACUUCUAAGCCUAAUUUAGUUCCUCUGUCAUUAUCAAGCCAUCUACUUCAGUUAUUCAAACUUUUCUUAUCAGACGUUCAGACACCCGCAGUUUUCAUGAAUGUGCGCUUCCCUAUCAAUCAAGAACAGUUUGAUGAAAAAUAUGCUCAUUCUCACCUUCAUAGUCUAACAAGUAUACAUUAUGUAAAACAGUAUUUUACACGCUUCUACAAACCUUUCAUCUCUUUUCAAUCUUUUUGGAACCUUAUCGUAGCAGUUGUUCCCAUUUUGAAAUGGUUGCCGAGAUAUUCUAUGAAACAUUUUACCCAUGAUCUUAUCGGCGGGUUAACCAUAGGGAUUAUGCACGUCCCACAAGGAAUUGCUUAUGCAAGUUUAGCAGCUCAAGAACCCGUUAUAGGUUUAUAUACUUCUCUUUUCCCCGUUCUAACAUAUAUGUUUUUUGGUACAUCGCGUCAUUGCUCCAUAGGUUCAUUCGCAAUCGUCGCUUUGAUGACGGGGAACGUAGUAUCAAAGUUAAAAGAAGAUGUAGGGGUUUCUACUACUUCUGUAGAAAUCGCUUCUGUUUUGACGUUCGAGAUUGGAUUGAUUCAAUUCUUUCUUGCUUUAUUGAAAUUAGAUUUUGUUUGCACGUAUCUUACCGACGAUUUGGUUUCUGGCUUCACAACAGGGGCAUCUAUGCACGUCUUCGUAACACAGGUGAAAGAUAUUUUAGGAAUUCAUGGAUUGCCUCGGAGAGAUGGUAGUGGUAAUUUGUUCAUGAGACUGUUUGAUCUUCUGAAAAGUUUCCAUAAAAUAAAUAAGGCUACAACAUGUCUUUCUAUAUUUGUAUUCUGCUUCCUAAUCAUGGGAAAAAAAAUAAAUUCUUUUCGUCGAAGAAAAAAAAAAGCUCUGAUGCCCAUACCCUUUGAUUUACUAGCUAUUAUUGUUUCAAUUUUCCUUUCUCUUCUCUUCAAACUGAACUUCACUUACAACGUAUCCACGGUUGGUGUGAUACCGACAGGAUUCCCUCGUCCGAACUUGCCAAGGAUUGAACUCUUCACGCGGUUGUUGCCUGACGCGGUUUCAAUAACAGCCGUUAUCAUGUCUAUACACAUUUCUCUGGCAAAAAUGUUCUCUCAAAAGUAUGAUUAUCUCAUUAAUACAAAUCAGGAAUUUUAUGCUUUGGGCUUUACAUCUAUAAUUUCUGGAUUUUUCCCAACAUUUCCUAACGCAUGUAGCUUAGCACGCACUAUGGUUAAUGGUAACGUUGGGACAAGAACUCAGCUUUCCUCAGUUUUUUCAUCUGCAUUAAUAUUUUCUAUAAUUGUAUUCAUUGGAAAAUGGCUGCAACCCCUUCCCAUGUGUGUACUUGGAUGUAUAAUAGCUGCAGCAUUACUACCAGUGUUACAAAAGUUUAAGGAUUUGAGAAAUAUUUGGAGAGUAUCCCGAAUAGACUUCAGUGUUUGGAUUGUAACGUUUACGGCUACAGUUUUGAUAGAUGUAAUGAUGGGCUUAGUUGUGUCUAUAGUCUUUGUACUUUUAACUUCUGUCAUUAGACAACAGUGGCCCAGCUGGCAUAUACUGGGUAAUGUCACAGGAACAUCAGAAUACAGGGAUGUGCAGAGAUACAAGAGUAUUCAUGAUACAGAAGACAUUUGUAUUUUUCGUUUUGAUAGCCCACUGAUAUUUCUCAAUUCCGAGCGGUUUUCCGAAACACUUAAAUACCUAUCAUACAAAUGCAUUUUGAAAGAAGCAAAUACCAAAAAAAUGAAUUUGGUUCAGAGCACAAAAAUGAAGAGAUCACCUUGUUUCAUCAUAAUUGAUUGUUCAGGAUUUGUUUAUGUGGAUCGCAUGGGUUUAAAAGCUCUCAAAGAUAUUCAUCUAGAACUCAAAAAGAAGAACGUGCUGAUUUAUUUCGCUGCAGCAAAAUCAUGUCUACGUGAGAUGUUCAUCGACUCUGGUUUUCAUAGAAGCAUUCCUCGAACUGUUUUUUUUCCAACAGUGCAUGACGCCGUGAUGACAGCUAAACAGCAAAUCGAGCGCUCCGAAUAUUCUUACAUCUAUGAUUCUUCUGAUGAUUUACAAUCAUAA